CAAUAGGAUUGCAGUGAUGUAUCGUAUGGUCGUGUUAUUGGCGGGGCUACGGACAUUCGUCAGUGGACUCUCCCCACCGGAUCCGGAUACCGGAUGUGACGUCACAGUUCUCCUCCUAGAAAAGAUGUUGGUUGACCUUUCAAAGCGUUUCGAUGACCUUGAAAGUCAAAGGCGAUUGGAUACCAUGGAGAUGUCGGUACUUCGGCGAGACAUAGAAGAGAUCAAAAGCGAGAAUCGUCAACUUAAAACUGACCUGAAACGUAUGGCUAGUAGUGAGUAUGAUAAACAGCAUGAUAACGCCGGCAGGAAUGGCAGCUCACAGCCAAGCGACCUGGGCGCUUACAUCGACUCACUCAUACCAACCAAUGACGAGAAGACUGACUCUUCGCCAUCUGACACAAAACCUGUUGAAAUUGGAUCCAUUCAUGUUGAUGACAAAAGCAGAGUCAACCAAACUCGGAUCAGAAGAGAUCCUUCUAGCUUGGCACCUCAUCUGACGAACCGUGUUGCAUCGAUUGGAAAUGUAGCCUUCUUCUCAACCUUGAACCAUGACCUCAUCGAUGUCGCUAAGGAACAGAUCAUUCCAUUUGAAAAUGUCGUCACGAAUAAUGGCGGCCAUUACAGUCAGCACUCUGGUGUGUUUACUUGUGAUACAGAGGGAACCUACGUGUUUUCUUGGACAAUUUAUGCAUCAUACACCCAUUGGAUUGAUACCGAACUAAUCAAGAAUAACCACGCAAUCGCCUAUUCUAGUGCAGGUGACCGAACCUUUCAUGACGCGUCGGGUAGCAUCGCCGUAGUCAACCUUAGUCCCGGGGACAUGGUCUGGACCAGGGUAAGGGAUCGGGCAGUUGGUUCCGACAUCAAAGCACUUGUUUCUAUGUUCUGCGGCUUCAAAAUAUGAGUUUAAGUUUUAUAAAAAUAAAUGACUUCACGUCUUUAA